ACAAAAGAGAAAAAAAUAGCCUACACAAUCAUAGCUGGGGUAUUCUGGGCGCCUGAAAAGUGCAUUAAAUGAGCCCCCAUCACCAACUUAUAGGAACAUUAUGUAUCAAGUUUUAUAUUGUUAUAAUAACAGUUUAUGUAGAUGUAACAGAAAAAUGGUACUGGUGAUGUUGUUGUAAACCAUUUAAUUUAAAAGUUAAUUUAGGUUGUUGUUUGUGUAACCGGGUGAAAGUAAAAUAGCCCACAAGCUGUAUAGUUGCCCUCUUUUAAUCCCCUGUGAAUGUAAAGGUAAUAUGUGAAAAGGUGUGGCUGCUCCUUUAAGUGAUUAUCUCCGUGUGUGUGAGAUAGAGAGCGCCUAUGCGAGCGUAAGAAGCUGGGAAGCGAACGGGCCUCGAUGUGGUGAGAAAAUACGUUUAUAGAGUUCAAAAGACGUUAAAAUAGUGAUAAAUAUCAACUUAUCAGUGUAUAUUGAUUUGCCUUAAGGGUCUGGUCGGUGGAUUGUUGCGUAUUUUGCACGUCCGUUCAGCUUUCUCAUUAGUUCGUGGGAGAUGUCUUCACAUUAAGUGUGCUCUUCAGAGGCGUCUGAAGUUAAGAGCAGGGGAGAGGUGAAGCACGUUUACUCGCACGUGAGCUGCGGUCCACGUGAGCACUCGGGUUUGAGAGACUGCCGCAAUGUACAGUAUAAAACACAGAAAGUGGAAAUAAACAAGAAACAAAAAGUUUUGCACCAUCAUCUCUUCAGUCAUUUCUACAGCAACAACUACUACAAUGAAAUUACCCUUAGAAAUCAUGAAUUUUUUGAAGUCAACUGCCUCAGGAUGGAUUCCCAUUUACCUUCUGACAUGUUAACAAAUCACCCAAGCACAACACAGAAGGAUGCAGUGUAGAGUGGUGCUGUGUCUCCUGCUGUUGAUGUUGUCCUGGAGAGUGAAAAGCCAGAGCAGAAGAAAACACAGACAAAAGCCUAAAACCAAUGGCAUCCUAAAUGAAGUCAAAACUCUUUUUUGUCCAGUGGAGGUGGCUUUCUUGGUGGACAGCUCUGAGAAGGCCACGAUGCUUCUGUUUGAGAGGCAGAAAGAUUUUGUGUUGCGUUUCAGCACCAGACUGAUGCAGCUGCAGGUGCCAGACUGGCGGAUGCGAGUGAGACUCGCCAUCCUGCAGUACAGCAGCACAGUCUCUGUUGAACACAACUUUCGAGACUGGCAGGACAUUGAUGUUUUUCAAAGCAAAGUGUAUGCUAUGUCCUACAUUGGCCAUGGGACCUACUCAGCUUACGCCAUCUCCAACGUCACCCAGCUGUUCACCAGAGAGACCGACGCCAGCAGUCUGAGAGCCGCGAUUCUGCUGACGGAUGGGGUGGACCACCCACGCAGCCCCAGCACUGUGAGCGCAGCCGCAGAUGCCAAAAACCGCAACAUCCGUAUGUUUGCCAUUGGGCUGUCGGGACCCAGGCUAGAUGACCAGGAUUAUGAUAGACUGAGAUCUAUCGCCAGUGCACCACCGCAGCAGCACCUGUUCAGCCUCAUUGACACACAGCUUGAUGAUAAACUUUACAGAGAAAUGAGUGAAAUCGCUAACACAGUUUGUCCACAUCCCAAAUUUUGUCUGUGUGAGAAAGGAGAGAGGGGCCCUCCAGGAAAUCCAGGUAAACCAGGCGAUCCUGGAUUUGAUGGACCUGCUGGACCAAAAGGAUCUAGGGGGGAACCGGGCUUAAACGGGCAUCCCGGAUUAGAGGGUAUUAGGGGACGACAAGGAGCUAAAGGAGAAAAGGGAGUUAAAGGAGAGUGUGGCACCCUAGGAAUGAAAGGAGUUCAAGGCCCAGAUGGACCCCCAGGACCUCAAGGACCAAAAGGAGAUCCGGGGCCAACUGGCAAUACUGGUGACACAGGCCCUGAGGGCCCUAUUGGACCAAAAGGUGAACGAGGACCCAGUGGACCCACCGGACCUUCAGGUGACCCUGGCAUUGGGUUUCCUGGUUCAAAAGGGGGCAAAGGCAACCAGGGGAGACCUGGGCCACUUGGAGCUACUGGUAUAGGUGAACCAGGACUACCUGGCCCACCAGGACCCCAAGGAGUUCAAGGCAGCCAAGGUUUUCCAGGGGAGGGAUUGCCAGGACCAAAGGGUGACAGAGGAUUUGAGGGCCUUAAAGGUGUUCGGGGACCUCCAGGGAUUGGCAACAAGGGGGAGAAGGGUAACUUGGGGGAGCCAGGUUUGCCUGGACUGAUGGGAUUUCCAGGAGUAGGGAUCCAAGGAGAGAAGGGUGACCAGGGGCUCAUAGGACCACUCGGCCCAAGAGGCCCUUCUGGAGUGGGCAAAGUUGGCCCAAAGGGAGACCAGGGCUUUCCAGGAGAGCCUGGACUUCAAGGUGAGAGAGGAAUUGGAGAACCUGGGCCAAAGGGAGAGCUGGGAGCAGAUGGAGCAGCCGGUAUUCCUGGAAUCCCAGGAGAAGAUGGCUCUGUGGGUCAAAAGGGUGAGAUGGGUUUACCAGGUGACCGAGGUCCAGAGGGCACACCAGGAAAAGGAGUUCCUGGUGAGAAGGGGGACCGGGGUGACAGAGGACCUCGGGGUCUCCCGGGAAGUUCAGGAACAGUGGGACCCCCAGGGGCCAAGGGAGAACCAGGAAGUUUUGGUAUGGUGGGUUUACCGGGACUUCCGGGCCGUGGAUUACCUGGUUCGAAGGGUGAACCAGGACCACCAGGCCCCCAAGGUCCUGCUGGAGAACCUGGGGUUGGGACUGCAGGACCAAGGGGUGAUCGAGGAAGUCCAGGGCUGAUAGGACCACAAGGAAUAAAGGGGGAGGGUUACCCUGGACCCCAGGGACUUCCAGGGUUAGCUGGGCUACCAGGUGACGUUGGACCUCAAGGACAAGGAAUUCCUGGACCAAAGGGAGAUAGAGGCUUAUCUGGUGGUCUAGGCCCUACAGGGCCUCCAGGAAAUGGACUGCUGGGACCAAAGGGUGCAAUGGGCCAGACUGGCGCUCCUGGUCCACCUGGCAUUCCAGGGGAGGGUAUUCAAGGCCCCAAGGGGGAGCCAGGGUUUCAAGGGUCCCCUGGCCCUAGGGGGAUUCCAGGUGAUGGUCUGCAAGGAGAGAAGGGCAACAGAGGCCUGAAGGGGGAACAUGGAAAAAAGGGAGGUAGAGGAGAACAUGGAAUAACUGGACAAACAGGACCCAAGGGGCGAUCAGGAGAGAAGGGAGAGCCUGGCUUGUCGAGAGAAGAGGUGAUCCGAGUAAUUCUGGAAAUAUGUGGAUGUGGAUUCAAAUGCAGGAGCCCUCUGGAGCUGGUCUUCAUUAUCGACAGCUCAGAGAGUGUUGGCCCUGAGAACUUUGAGGUGGUUAAGGAUUGCGUAGACGCUCUGAUGGACCGCGUGUCCGUGAGCUGGGAUGCCGCGCGUGUAGGGGUGGUGCUCUACAGUCAUGUGGACAUGGUGGUGGCCAGCCUUCAGCAGAUGUCCGACCAAGCUGGGAUCAAAGCUGCCGUACGUAGGAUGCCAUACCUGGGAGAGGGGACAUUCACGGGCAGCGCCAUUCACCGGGCUGCUCAGCUGUUUCAGGCAGCCCGGCCGGGUGUAAGGAAGGUCGCGGUUGUGCUGACGGAUGGUCUGGCGGACAAACGGGAUACAGUGAGUCUGGAAGAGGCUGCGGAAGAAGCUCACGCUGAUGGGAUUGAGAUCUUUGUGAUUGGUGCUAUGAACAGCAGCAACUCACAGUACACAGAGUUUAGGAAUGAGAUGAGCGUUUUAGCCUCUGAUCCGGAUUCUGAAUACGUCUACUUGAUUGAUGACUUUAUGGCACUGCCCUCAUUGGAGGAAAGGCUGCUGAGUCAGAUCUGCGAGCAUGAUUAUGGCAACGCUUUCCGUCCAUUUGGGCCUGGUCCAGUUCCAGACAGUUCUGAGGCUCCCAUCAGUAAUUACAUCAUCACAGAGAGCAAAAAGGUGGGUCUUCGAGCAGAAUUUGAGACCCCUUCUCAUCAACUAUUAGACUACGAAGGUGUUAUUUUUAAUGAGUCUGCCAACGAGCUACCUAAAGUGACAACAGACCCAUCAGGAAACAUAAUGGGACCCAAGUCCUCUAUCCCAGCACUGGGACCCCAGACACCUUCAAACGUGCUGCGUGUUCCCGAAAUCAGCCCACAACCACUACCCCCAUCUCAGCCUGAGGUCAUUGUAAAAGAUGGAGGCUGUAGUCAGGAACUGGAUCCUGGGCCAUGUCGGGCAUACAGUGUCAUGUGGUACUAUGACCCGGAGGCCAACGCAUGCGCACAGUUCUGGUAUGGUGGUUGCCAAGGCAACAGCAACCGCUUUGAGACAGAGGACAUUUGUAGAAAAACCUGUGUGCUGCAGACAUAACACACCCUCAAAAUCAAGCACAAUGCUUUAUUCACUGAUUUAUUUUCGUCAAGCUUCGUUACCAUUACAAUUAUGGUGAUAUACAGUAUGUUUAUUUAGUGCUGUUAUUGAAAUGGAAUGUGUCAAGUUUUGUUUACUAUAGUUGCACUUAAAGUGUUUUGUAUACUCCAUUAAAGGGGUCA